AUUGAUUGGUUGUGUCUGCAGAAAUAAUGGCGUCCUCGUUCUGACGUCUUAAUAAGAGUUUUGUUGUUUAGCAAUGAAUUAUGCUAAAAUGUGUUAGCCGGUGGGCCUUUACAGCGAGAUAUCUUCGGAUGUUAUGAUAUUAUCCACAGUUUUUCCUCGAAGUAUUAGAGGUGUCUCGACUCUGUCUGUCAGAAUGAGUGAUCCAGCAGUGAUGAGGGUGGUGAGCACUAUCAUUCGCUCUCCAGAGGACAAAAGGGAGUAUCAAGGACUUGAGUUUACAAAUGGCCUGAAAGCCGUAUUGAUCAGUGACCCCACCACUGACAAAUCAUCAGCCGCACUGGAUGUCCACAUAGGUUCUUUGUCAGAUCCUGAAAACAUUGCAGGACUAGCCCAUUUCUGUGAGCACAUGCUGUUUCUGGGCACAGAAAAAUACCCCAAAGAGAACGAGUACAGCCAGUUUUUGAGCGAGCAUGCAGGCAGCUCCAAUGCCUUCACCAGCGGAGAACACACCAAUUACUACUUUGAUGUAUCCCAUGAGCAUCUGCAAGGGGCAUUGGACAGGUUUUCCCAGUUUUUCCUCUGUCCUCUGUUUGAUGAGAGUUGUAAGGACAGAGAGGUGAAUGCAGUAGACUCGGAACAUGAGAAGAACCUCAUGAAUGAUGCUUGGAGACUGUUUCAGCUGGAGAAAGCCACUGGGAACCCCAAACACCCCUUUAGCAAAUUUGGCACUGGUAAUAAGUUAACACUUGAGACAAGGCCAUCUCAACAGGGCAUUGACAUCCGUGAGGAGCUGCUUAAAUUUCACUCCACCUACUACUCCUCCAACCUGAUGUCACUGUGUGUGCUGGGCAGAGAGACAUUGGACCAGUUGACGUCUAUGGUGGUAAAGCUUUUCAGAGAGGUGGAGAACAAGAGUGUUCCUCUUCCAGAAUUCCCUACACACCCUUUUCAAGAGGAACAUCUGAGGCAUUUUUACAAAGUUGUGCCUAUCAAGGACAUUAGAAACCUGUAUGUGACCUUCCCCAUCCCAGACCUGCAAAAGUACUACAAGUCAAACCCUGGACAUUAUUUGGGCCAUCUGAUCGGACAUGAAGGGCCAGGGAGUCUUCUGUCCGAGCUCAAAGCUAAAGGAUGGGUGAACACACUUGUUGGAGGCCAGAAAGAAGGAGCCAGAGGAUUCAUGUUCUUCAUUAUUAAUGUGGACUUGACAGAAGAGGGACUCUUGCAUGUCGAGGAUAUCAUCUUUCAUAUGUUCCAGUACAUUCAGAAGUUGCGGACAGAGGGUCCUCAGGAGUGGGUCUUUCAGGAGUGCAAAGAUUUGAAUAAAGUGGCUUUCAGAUUUAAAGAUAAGGAACGUCCACGUGGAUACACAUCUAAAGUGGCUGGACUACUGCAUGAUUAUCCACUGGAGGAGGUACUAGCUGCAGAAUACUUGCUGGAAGAAUUCAGGCCAGAUCUCAUAGAGAUGGUGCUUGAUAAACUGAGACCAGAGAAUGUCCGGGUUGCUGUUGUCUCCAAAUCGUUUGAUGGACAGACGGACAGGACUGAAGAGUGGUACGGCACACAGUACAAGCAGGAAGCCAUUUCUGAUGAGGUCAUUAAGAAAUGGCAAAAUGCAGACCUAAAUGGAAAGUUCAAGCUGCCAAUGAAGAAUGAAUUCAUCCCAACCAACUUUGAAAUAUACCCCCUAGAGAAGGAUUCCCCUUCUGCCCCCACUUUAAUCAAGGAUACAGCAAUGAGUAAAAUUUGGUUCAAACAGGACGACAAGUUUUUCCUGCCAAAGGCUUGUUUAAACUUUGAGUUCUUCAGUCGCUACCUAUAUGCAGACCCGCUGCACUGCAACAUGACUUACCUGUUUCUCAAGUUGUUGAAGGAUGAUUUGAGAGAGUAUACAUAUGCAGCCAGCCUGGCAGGGUUGGUCUAUGACAUAGACUUUGGAAUGAACGCCCUCCUUCUGUCAGUGAAGGGUUAUAACGACAAGCAACACAUCUUGCUGAAGAAGAUCAUUGAGAAGAUGGCCAUGUUUGAGAUUGACGAGAAGCGCUUUGAUAUAAUUAAAGAAGCGUAUAUGAGGUCUCUGAAUAACUUCCGUGCUGAGCAGCCCCACCAGCAUGCUAUGUAUUACCUGCGGCUGCUCAUGACUGAGGUAGCCUGGACCAAAGACGAACUCCGAGAUGCUCUAGAUGAUGUCACGUUGCCUCGUCUCAAGGCGUUCAUACCGCAACUGCUGUCACGGUUGCAUAUCGAAGCUCUGCUGCAUGGUAACAUCACCAAACAGUCCGCUCUGGGCAUGAUGCAGAUGUUGGAGGACACACUCAUUGAGCAUGCUUGUACUAAGCCCCUCCUACCGAGUCAGCUGAUUCGAUACAGAGAAGUACAGGUUCCUGAUGGUGGUUGGUAUGUUUACCAGCAGAGGAACGAGGUUCAUAAUAACUGUGGAAUUGAGAUUUACUACCAGACGGACAUUCAGAAUACUCAUGAGAACAUGCUGCUGGAGCUUUUCUGUCAGAUCAUCUCUGAGCCCUGCUUCAACACGCUACGCACCAAAGAACAGCUAGGUUACAUAGUGUUCAGUGGUCCCCGCAAGGCCAAUGGAGUGCAGGGUCUACGUUUCAUCAUACAGUCUGAGAAAGCCCCGCACUACCUGGAGUCCCGCGUGGAGGCAUUUCUCAAGACUAUGGAGAAGAGUGUGGAGGAGAUGGGAGAGGAAGCUUUUCAAAAACACAUUCAGGCACUGGCCAUCCGCCGCCUGGACAAACCCAAGAAACUGGCAGCGGAGUGUGCCAAGUACUGGGGAGAGAUCAUCUCCCAACAGUACAACUUUGACAGGGAUAAUAUCGAGGUGGCUUACCUGAAGACACUGACGAAGGAGAACAUUAUGACGUUUUACCGGGACCUGUUGGCCAUCGAUGCUCCCAGAAGACAUAAGAUGUCAGUGCAUGUGUUGUCCAGAGAGAUGGAGUCCUGUCCUCUGGUGGGGGAGUUUCCUGCUCAAAAUGAUGUCAAUCUGCCUCCUGCCCCCUCACUUCCUCAGCCGGUGUUGGUAGAGAAUAUGACUAAUUUCAAAAGGAGUUUACCGCUGUUCCCUCUCGCCAAACCUCAUAUCAACUUCAUGGCUGCCAAGCUGUGAUCAGCAUCAUGAGGUUACCAGGGAGGCCCAAAUCUGGAGCCAGUAGCACGGUUAUCUCUCUCUGUGUGUGUGUGUGUGUGUGUGUGUGUGUGUGUGUGUGUGUGUGUGUGUGUGUGUGUGUGUGUGUGUGUGUGUGUGUGUGUGUGUGUGUGUGUGUGUGUGUGUGUGUGUGUGUGUGUGUGUGUGUGUGUGUGUGCGCAAGCAGGCAGGGCAAUGAUAGUGCCGCUUGCAACAUUUUAGUUGUGCUCCGUGUCGUACAUCCAGAUAUCACACAGUCACCUGAAAUCUCAUAGAUAACAGGAACAUACAAUGUGAGGACUUUUUUUAGUGGAGGGGUAAAAAAAAUCGUGUUGCUUCUGUCAGGAAAUUUGUUUCCCUAUAUAAUACAGGACAUACUUGCUGGCCAUGAAGACACGCCUACAUUCUGAUUCUUCAGUUCCUAAUAAGUUUAAUAUUUAAUUUCAUAAAGCUGUUUCAUUUACUGCUGCUGAGCUAAACCAUCAGUAGCUGGUGCAGUAUAUCAAGUGAUGUUGUCUCCUGAAAAAAUUCUGGCCUUAAAAAGAUUUUAAUCAGUGAUCGGGUUUUCUGACACCUUUUUAUAGAAAAGUUUAAUUUAAAGGUGUUGCUUUUGAAGAGAUGUUUUUAGGCUGUUAUUUUCAGUGCAUGUUGGCAGAGUUUUAUCUUAAGGAUAGUGUUGUAAAUGUAUCUGUGCAAGGUUGAAAGAAUAUCAUAAUAAACCAUUUUUAAUAUCAUUUUAAUUUGUUUAUUUAUUAAGUUACUUUGUUUUUUCUUUUAGACUCCAAAAGAUGAUCUCUAAAACCCUGUUAUUAUUUGACCCAAACUCAAUGUCAUAAUCAAAAAAGAUAUUAAAUUAAUUAAACACGGAUUUGUGUAAAUCGUAUGUAAAACCCUUCUUGCAUUAUUUGUUGCAUGAAGGCAUGAAUGGCAGAAUAGUUGUAUUAAUGUUUUCCAGAAAUGAAUGCAUUGAAUGCUGCAAUUUAUAAGAGUAGUUUGACAAAACAUUUCGCUAAAUGCGUUGAUUUUGUGACCAUAUACGUAAAAUGGUUUUUCGGAAAUUAAUGUAUUGAGUGCAUCAAUUCAUGCACAAGUAGUUUUACGAACAAUUUAGGUAAAUUGCUGUGUUGAAUGUGACUGUUGUGGUAAGAAUGGUUUACGCACAUUCAUUCAGCUGUCGUUUCAUAAGGCCCAGUAUCUUUUUGGAGAUAUUUAAUAUGUGCUAAUUCGAUCCGACUUGCACUUGAAUACCAAUUUCCACUUUUACAAAAUGUCCAGAAAUUUGUAAAGAGAAAUCGACUUAUAGACUCAAGCUGGUACCUGACUCUGUCUAUAUCACAGUCUUGGGGCUGCACACUCGUGUUUGAAAUCCCCUUUAAAUUGUUGUUGUUAUUAUUAUUAUUAUUAACAGAUGUCUUGACUCCUCACAAGCAAUUAUGUCAUUUACAGGGCAUUUGACUAGUGUAUGAAACUUUACUGGGCAUUUUUCUGGACUAUCUUUGGGCUUGGGCUUGGAAAAACAGAUUAGUCUGUGCUCUGAAUACCUUCAUGUAAAGUAUCUGCUCUUGCUGAAGGCUUUAAUUUACCUGCACUAAAACAGGAACAUCGUGAUCGUGUGUAGUAGUUUAGUCUUGUAGUCCAUUCUUGUCUUCAUCUCUCAGGUCUCCGAAACUUUCAACAAUUCUUGAGUUUCUACUGCUAAGAUAAGAAUUAUUCUGGACUUACUCAGGCGUAUCAAAGUGUAACAACUAUAAUGCUGCAUUUUAUUUUUGGACAAAAACAUGACCCUGCCCAUAAAAACUGUAGAUAAACUUUAGACAACAGCCUCUUAAACAAGCUUGCUCUAUAACUACUGGAUUUACUCCGCCAUCACAAUGCAUUAAUUGUGUUUUGUUUUUAAAAUAAAAGGAGUGGUUCACCACAAAAUUAGGUUGUCAUCAUUUACUUACCCUUAUAUCAUUCCAAACUCCUUACUUUUUUUUUCAUGGAACAGAAGAAAUAUAGCAGAAUCUCCUGUGUGGUCUUAUCUGUAUGGCAACACCAAAGUACCAUAACAGUCAUCCAGAUGACUCUGUGUGAUUUGUGUUAGUUAUUUGUUUUCCGAAAAUCUCUGUUGCUUUAAAAUCUUAACGCAAUUCAAAUCUGGCCUGUCAAAAAACAAAACUCAUUGCUUGUCUCAUCAUUGAUAUAAAACGGAAACGAGACUUUCAGCGCUUAAUGACGACUGAAAUGUUUAACUUUUAACAAAAAGCUGUCCUUUGGCUUCAGAAGACUUGAAAUAUACCACAGAAGUCGUAUAGACUACUUUAUGCUUUAUAAGGCUAAUUAUUUGGAGCUUGAGAGCUCGUGGUCACUUUGCUUCCAUUGAAUGAAAAAGAGCAACUUGGAUAUUCUGCUGAACAUUAUUUUUUGGUAUGAAAUGAGUAACUGAUGAUAGAAUUAUUUUUAUUUAUUUUGGGGUGGUAUAAACCAUUCAUUUUAAAACCCAAAAAUCAUUUGUGGAGCAUUCAUGAACCCUUAAUCCCAUUAACUGUUCUAGAAUCUGCUCCGUUAAGUGACUAUGAAACAUGCUUGUGACCUUAAGUCACUUGUUGCUUGCUCAUUCUGUGGUGAACAUGUGAUAGACUGGACAUUAAUGUAAAGAAAUCUAGAGGACCAGUAAUCCAGGAUUUUGGAUAAAAAUAGUUUUAAAUAAAACUUUAAUGAGCUGAAGUCGUGAAGAAAAACGUCAGUUUAAAUCUCUUUUGCUGAGUUGCAUUCAGUUUAAGUGGUUUUAAAGUGCAGGAAACUUGGGAAUGGUACUUUUGCACAGGUGUUGGGUGUAUUUCUGGGAGUUUGUUUUAUUUUAAUUAAACCAUUGUAUGAAAUCGUUUGUGUUGUCUGUUGUUUUUCUUCUAAGAUUUGCACUCAAUUAAUUUUGGGGGAAAUCUUGGACCUGUUAAACAUUACAAAAGCAUUUAAAUAAGUGUUCUGAAUUGAAUACAACUUUAACACUAAUUACAUCAUCUGUGACAUGCAGACCAUUGCCACAGGGGCAAAAGUAACAGUCAUUAUCUGUGUUAAGUACUGCAGUGCAUCUCCUCCUAAUGGACUUCACCAGAUUUGCCAGUUCUUGCUGGGU